AUUUUGUAGAGUUCAUUAAAAAUUUGAGAUAACACCAUGAAGGAAUUCGUUUGUUGGCUGUAUUUGGGGUUAUUUUUUGAAAUAAUUUUGGGGGUUCCGAAAUUUGAUAGCACAGCUUUGAUGAGAAACGUGUUUGUGCCGGCUGAUGCGGCGGUUAAAUCGGUUAUCUACAGGUUGAAAGCGUACGAUACGGGUUUUGAUUAUCCUUUGGUGUUUAAAUUAGCGACUGUUAACAAUGUGGUUGAGUUGGAAACGUUGAAUUGUACGAAAUUUAAUUCAAUUUGCCAAGCUAAUGUUGUUUUAAAAAGUAAACUUGUUCCUGAAAGGUUUUAUGAUUUUACGGUUAUUGUUGAAAAUGGUAAAGGUGAUGUUGAAACGAUGGAAUGUUCGUUUAAAGCAACAAAUGCUACGACACCUAUUGAAAAAAUUUUUCCGGGGGCACCUUCUUUGGUUUCGAUUAGCGAAUUAUCGCAUAGAAAUUCAGAUGUGGUUACUUUGAGAGCUCAAGGAAAUACGUGGGGUAAAAAGAAAGUUCUUUUGGAACUUUUUGCACCCCCGGAAUUCGGAUUGCGGCAAAGAAUCGUGAAUGGACGGGAUGUUGAAGGAACAAUUGUGCUUGUAUCGCGGUUGGAUUAUGAGAAAUCACCGUCACAUCAUCUUCUUGUUUAUGCAAAUGAUCCUUGGACUGAUCGAUCAACGGAUACAAGAAACAUUGCGACUUGGCCGUUAUUCGUUUCGGUUUUAGACGAACAAGAUUCGCCUCCAAUUUUUACUUUAGCGCCACCGACUACCGAUUUAGAUCCAAAUUUGAAAAUUGGCGAUACAAUAUUAACGGUAAAAGCUGAAGAUGGUGAUAAAGGAAAUCCCAGGGAUUUACGCUAUUUUUUGGUUGACCAUCAAAAUUCUUCUAUAAAUGGUUUCUUUGAAAUCGAGGAAUUAACCGGUGAAUUAAAAUUAAUUCAUCCAAUUGAAGAUCUUUUAUCAACGAUUUCUCCUUCUAAACCUUUGUUAUUAACAAUUCGAGCAAAGGAACUUCGCAGAAACCAAAACGAUGCUCCAUCUCAAUCGACAGACGUCCAAUUAGCUCUUCUACCUCCGAAUCCAUUAAAGGAUACUCCUCCUAAAUUUAACCAACCCGAAUACACUGCCACAAUAGAAGAAAAUUCACCACCGGGAACUACUUUAUCUUUAAAAUCAUCCCCUUUUAUAACGAUUCCAAAAGGAAGCGCCUUCAUUUUGGAGAUACUCAAAGAAAAUGGAACAUUCGAAAUUUCUCCGAAUGUUAUCACCGAAUCUUCGUCUUUUGAAAUUAAAGUAAAAAAUAAUUCUUUAUUAGAUUAUGAGUUAAAGACGUCGAUUGAAUUUGAAGUUUCUUUAAGAAAAUUUGAUUCUAAAGAAUCUUCAAGUUUAGCUCGUGUAAAAAUAAGGAUUAUAGAUGUUGAUGAUGAUCAACCCAGGUUUAGAAUGGAUGAGUGGAAAGCUGAUUUAGCUGAAGACGCAAUUUUUGGGACGUCACUUUUAAAAAUUGAGGCUUAUAAUAAAGAUGGUGUUGAAUACAGCGGGUUAUCAGGUAAAAACAGCGACGCUUUUUCUUUAGAUAAAACCACCGGGGUGAUAACAUUAAUAAAACCGGAUAUGAUUCAUUCAGAAAUUGAUGAUUCAAUUAAUUUAACGGUUAAAGUUACUUCGAAAGCAUCGAAUAAGUCUUCAACCGCAAAAAUAAAAUUCAAAAUAAUCGACGUUAACGAUCAUUCACCUCGAUUUGAAAGAAAUCCUUACGAAUUUAUCGUUGAUGAUGAUCGAAAAAAAUUUACGGUCAAAGCGAUAAUAAAAGCGGUUGAUUUUGACAGUACAUCGCCUAAUAAUCUUGUUAAAUAUGAAUUAAUAGAAUCGAUUGAUGGGUUAUUUUUGAAUCAAGAUAAUGGUGAAUUAGAAAUCGUUGAAAAAUGGAAUUUUAAUACUUUGGUAACUUUACACGGUCGUGCUUACGAUGGUGGGAUACCAAGACGAUCCGACACGGUUGAAAUAAGAAUUUAUCCACCGGAAAAUAAAUUCAGAAAAAUGAUGUUUGUCGUUUCCGGCCGAAACCCAAAUCGAAAUGAACUUGAAAAGACUUUAAGCACAAUCGUAGGCCAAAAAGUUAAUAUCGAAGAUAUUCGCCCUUACAAAGAUAAUCAAGAUCGAAGCGUUAUAUUUGUAACGGUACCGAAUGAAUCGUCAAUCAUCGAUAUCAAGGAAGUACAAAAAAUAUUAGAUAAACGCACGAUUAAUGAAGAUGAAAAGAUUGUGAAAUCAAGUUUAAAUUUAUGGUGGAUUUUUUGGGUAAUCCUAAUUCUUCUUUUAAUCAUUUUAGUUAUCGCUUUGCUUUGUUGCAUUUGUGAAGGGUGCCCAUUAUAUGUGAAUACAAAGAAACGUAAAACACAGUUAAUCACUGAAAAUUCUGGCCAAACCGAAAAUAAAUCAGUACAAGUCGCCGAAUGGUUUGGACGCCGCGAAGCUUGGAGCCCGGAAUUAGUGGAUACAGAAUCAAUUAGGAGGCACGAAGCUGAUCGAGGAUCUGAUCACGUCGAAAGGCACCGUAAACAGCAAAAGGUAAUCGAUAACAAUUUAGAAAUACCAAGAGAUCAAUUAUAUAUCCGCGAAGGAAAUGCUGAUAUCUUAAGAUUAAUUACAAGAGGAAACGAGCAACAAAGACCAAUCACUUUAAUACAAGAACAACCAUACAUAAUAGAUAACGGAAAAGAUAUCUUAUUAAAACGAUUUAUUGAUCAACAACAAAACGUAGAAAUAAAUCGAUCAAACUUGAACAUCGCGGCUAAAUUACAAUCGGAAAACGAAGUUUUAGAACAAAGUUUAAGAACACAAAACGCUUUAUUACGACAAUUCUUAGCCGAAAGAGAACGAGAAAUUCGUUUAGAAACGCAAUCUUUACCAGCGGGUACACAAACCGAUCAUGACGUUGAAACGCAAACGGAACCAUUGUUUUUAAGACCACCAAAAAGAAAAACGCGAUCCGAUAAUGAAUUUAGCGACGUUUCUGAAGACGAGGAAAGAACAAAAAAUCGAAGGAAAAGAAAGAUACCGUUAAGAAGAAAAAUAAACACCCCAAUUCAAGAAGAAUCUGAAAAUAAUUUAGAUAAUAACGAAAAAAAUUCGAUUAACGAUGCGAGGAAAUUAAGUUUUGGACACACAAGAACUAGUUUAUUAAGGAAAAAACAAUCGGUUAAAUCGCAAAAUCAAGAUUUACAAAAACAAAAAUCUAAAAAUGAAUCAAAAAUGGAAGUGAAAAAUGAAUCAAAAAAUGAAUCAAGAAAUGAAAUAAAAAAUGAAUUAAAAAAUGAAUUAAGAAAUGAAACAAAAAGUGAUUCAAGAUUAAAUAAAAUGUCAAAAUCGGCUUUAAGAAGAGAAGUAUUAAAAGAAAUUUCAGCGUCUUUAUUACAAAGUGAAAUAGGAACUGAAAGUGAUUUACAAACAUUUUCAGAUGAUUCCUUAGAAGAAGAAGAAGUUGAAAUGAAACCAAUAAAAUAUCAAUCACAAAUGGAUCUUAGUAAUAUAAAAAGAAAAAAUGAAAAAUUACGAUCUCAAAGUAACUUAGACUUGAGUAAAAAAGAUGUUUACGUUAACGAAAAAAAUCGACGCGAUAAACUGAAAGAAAGAAGAGGUUCUAAUUCUCGAUACAUGGAAUGGUACAAAAAAGGUAAAGCUGAGAAAAAAGAUAAAGAUACUGGAUCUGAAAGGAGUAGUGUAACAACGAAAGUUACUAAAAAAAUUCCUGUUUCUGAAACGAUGUUUAAAUCGAAUAGAAACGGCGUUGAUAAGAAAGGAUUGUCGUCAAAUGGGCCAGAUCACCCGUUGAUACAACACUCAAAGAAUCGAUUUGAAAUGGUUUAUCCUAAAAGGAUGGAAGAUGAUGUUGAUUCAGGUAUUGUUUUAACAAGACCGGCUGCUACACAGAAGAAAAGUAUAUUUACGAUUGCUUACGAUGAUAUGCAAACGACGAGAAUUCAACAAGAAAAUCAUUCACCACCUUUAUAAUAUAAUAAAUCCAUAAAAAAUUAAAAAUAAUUG